AAAACACAAUUUUGAACAAAUAUUUGUCACGGCGUCCCCCCCUCCACAAAGUGGAGAAGUAGCGAAUGGUACAUUCCGGCCCUGCUCCUCGCUGUGUGUGUGUUGUCGCUUCCGAGCGGAUUCAACCGCCAAGAGAUACGUGGUUUUUUGUUGUUGCGGGAGAGCUAAUGUUGGUCAGUGAAGCCCGGAGCCUCAUGUUUUCCUCGGGCCAGGAGGAGCACUGCGCCCCGUCCAAAGACCCGGUGCAGUACGGCGAGCUGGUGGUGCUCGGGUACAACGGCUCCCUCCCCAAUGGGGACCGGGGUAGACGGAAAAGCCGCUUCGCCCUGUACAGGAGGACCAAAGCCAACGGCGUGAAGCCGAGCACUGUGCACAUCCUCAACACGCCGCAGGCCAGCAAGGCGGUGAACUGCAAAGGCCAACACAGCAUCUCCUACACGCUGUCCAGGAACCACACGGUGGUGGUGGAGUACUGCCACGACAAAGACACCGACAUGUUUCAGAUCGGGCGAUCCACAGAGAGCCCCAUAGACUUCGUGGUGACGGACACAGUGGCGGGAGGCCAGGAGGGGGGGGAGGAGACCCCCAUCACGCAGAGCACCAUCUCCCGCUUCGCCUGCCGAGUCGUCUGCGAGCGCGACCCGCCCUACACGGCGCGCAUCUACGCUGCGGGUUUCGACUCCUCCAAAAACAUCUUCCUCGGGGAGAAGGCGGCCAAGUGGAAGAACCCCGACGGCCACAUGGACGGCCUGACGACCAACGGCGUGCUGGUGAUGCACCCCAGGGGCGGCUUCACGGAGGAGUCGAAGCCCGGCGUCUGGCGAGAGAUCUCCGUCUGCGGGGACGUCUACACGCUGAGGGAGACCCGCUCGGCGCAGACCCCCGGCAAACUGGUGGAGCACGAGAACAACGUGCUGCAGGACGGCUCCCUGGUGGACCUGUGCGGGGCCACGUUGCUGUGGCGCACCGCCGAGGGCCUCUUCCACACGCCCACCCAGAAGCACCUGGAGGCCCUGCGGCAGGAGAUCAACGCGGCGCGGCCGCAGUGCCCCGUGGGCCUCAACACGCUGGCCUUCCCCAGCAUGCAGCGCAGCCGCGCCCUCUCCUCGCUGGAGGACAAGCAGCCGUGGGUCUACCUGGCCUGCGGCCACGUGCACGGCCACCACAACUGGGGCCACCGCUCGGAGCAGGAGGCAAAUGACCCUCGGGGACUUUCCAUGUGCUGUGUUAACGGCCCAUAGUGGCGUCCACAGCUGUGCUUCGACCUGAUUUUCUAUGUGGUCCCGGAGGCGCUCACCUCCUCUUACGUUCUGUGCGAGAAAGUAUGCUCGGAGUAGUUCGUCAAGUACUAGGCCGAGAUCCCCUUGCCCCACGGCACCCACGCCUUCCACGCCGCUUGCCCUUUCUGCGCCACCCAGUUGGGCCUCACCCAGGGCUGCUCCAAGUUGAUCUUCCAGGGCCCGGUGGACUGAGCCCCGGGGUGGGGGGGGUGGGGGGUGAGGGGGGUCCUGCUCAGGCCGGAAUGCCAACACGCUGUGAAACUGUUGCGAUUAUUUUGUGCUUUCCUCUUGUUCAUGUAAGCCAGCUGUGCACGGGGGCCCCGUGCGGCUAUUUGGGGGCCCCGUGGGAAACGCACGGGAAGCACACCGGACCACAGAUGCCUUGAACCGCUUCACAGAGGGGAGUUAAGGUUGUUGGUGGAAUGAAUUGAGAAAGAUUUAAACAUUUUCACGGAGCCCGACAGCUGGACUGUCGGCCCGGAGCAACUGUGGUGUCUAAUGGCUACGUGCUACGUGCUCCCCGUCAUCAUUUAGUUCUCCGGAUUUGAGCUUCCAUUCGCUGAACAAACUUUGACAAGGGGGGGGGGGGACUUAAUGUACAGAGAUAUAAUCCAGUGCCUCAAAUCCCAUUAAGCGGUGGGAAUAUUUUUUAAUAAAUGGGAAUAGAUGGUGUUGCAUACGUAGGACAAAUGCCGGACGGAUCCUUGAGCACAUUUCUAUCUGACAGAAGACGUAUUUUACUACACUGAGGCCCUUGUGCGGUUUUGUAAUGCAAAUGUUAAUAUAUUUUUCCUCUGCUUAAAUAACGUGUGAGGAUGCUAGAGAAAGUGUGUGUGUGUGCAUGAGUGUCUAUGAGGGUUGGACUGAGUGGGGACCCGUCGGGCUUUUUGUAUUGAAUGGCCCUGCUCACCCCGAUUUUUUUAUUUUUAUUUUUGCAAUGAUGUCGCCCGCCAUCCCAAACACUACCGAGAAGAACCGCCAGUGUGCCGAAGCGCGCCGGCUCUCCUCGCCGGGUUCCACUUUAAUCACACGGCUUCCUUUCUCAUCGCCGCGGCCCGUUGGCAGCAGUGAUGAGCGCCGCUGUACCGCACGCAUCAGCAGCACCUGCUACCCAGCGAGCUAGCCGCACCCCCCCCACACACACACGUACUGUAUUCAAUCUGCACUGUUGUUAGCUUUAUCCCAUGCUGGGUCUGAUCCAAUGAUUCGUACGCUCUUAAACCUGGGCACAGUCACAGCGGCGGGCGUGAGAUUAUACCAAAUAUAAGGAGUGGUUUUCUUUUUUUUUUUUUGUUCUCCACAUGCAAGAUGUAACGACCCCCCCCCCCCCCCCCCCCCUCCUUCUUCUCCCGAUCCAAAGUGUUUCUGUAAACAAUCCUAAACCCAAACUGCUGCUAUGGUGGAAUGUUGACAGCUCUGGAUUACAGUCGAGGCUGUUCGGCUGCUCGAAACCAGCUCCAGGGGAAUAAUGAUAUUAUCGCCCGGCGCGCCAACCUCGGUAAGUUCCCUUGUGUGGAUGAGUCAAGUUGUCCGAAAAAA